UCUGUCAUAAUUAAUGUCUAUAUAAUAUUGACAAAACUAUACUAUGUUUUUUCACAAAAUAUCUAACAACCAAUAAUAAUACCAAACAAAGAACAAAAACUAUUUCUUCUUUUGGAAAUUUGGAGUUUAGGUCGAUCGGUCCGUGUUCUUAUAAGAUUCAUUCCACAACUAGUUAGGAAUAUGGAGGGAUUUGACAAUGGAUCGUUGUAUGCCCCGUUUCUGUCGCUGAAAUCGCAUCAAAACCUUCCUAAAUCGGAGUUUGCUCAAGGCGAAGAAGAGACAUCAAAAGCUAGAGAAGGUUCUUCGAGAAGCCUGGAGUCGAAAAAGAAGGGGAAGAAACAAAGGUUUGCGUUUCAGACAAGGAGCCAAGUGGAUAUUCUUGAUGAUGGUUACCGAUGGAGAAAAUAUGGCCAAAAGGCCGUCAAGAACAACAAGUUCCCUAGGAGUUACUAUAGGUGCACAUAUGGAGGAUGCAACGUGAAGAAGCAAGUGCAAAGAUUAACAGUAGACCAAGAAGUCGUCGUCACAACCUACGAAGGAGUGCAUUCGCAUCCCAUCGAAAAAUCCACCGAAAAUUUCGAGCAUAUUCUCACCCAAAUGCAAAUCUACUCUUCUUUUAAUUAGUCUCUCAAUCUUUUAAUACCUCUGGAGCGUAUAUUUCUGAGGGCUCAUGUUGUAAAUUAUGUUACAUUUUAAGCUUGUUGAACAAAAGAAAUAUGGUCAAGUGGAUUUUUGUAUCCUAUAAUAAUUGUAACAACACAUUCAUUAGUUUCUUAAACUUAGUGCUUAGGCACUAGAUAUUUCAUAAUUUCUAACUCUAUGUACCGAAAGUUGUAAGUAAUCUACAUGAAAUGUGAAAAUGAGAGAGUUUGUAAAUGAAAUUUUACAAGAAGAUAAAAAACCAAGUGAGAAAACGACAUAAAAAUAUGU